GGAGCAGCGCGAUCGCGUCACUUCCGGUUCAAUGCGCGCUGUCACGGCAGCGUCUUGUAUCCGGUGGAGACCGACACGCGCCUCGAGUUUCAUUAGGAGCAGCUGUUGGACAGAGCCGGGUCCGAAGCGUGUCUCAGAGGAGCGUGGUCCGGUUUGGAGCGGGUUCGACCCGGUUUUGACUGGACCAGGACCAGGACCAGGACUGACCAUCCUCAGAUUUACGGAAGAGGCCUCAUGGUCCAUCAUGCUGAAGCGUCUGGACAGGAUCCGGUUCCGGGGCCAGAGGCGGGACGAGUUCCUGGAUCUGUACGAGUCGCCCAGUACGUCGGACACAGAGUGCAGCGAGGAUGCUGUGAUCAAACCUCACAUCUCCAUCAAAGAUCAGGAGGAGCUGAGGGACGAUGGAGAGCAGCAGAGUGACGUCCAGGCUGGUCCAGGACCUUUUUCGGCUACUCUCCAAGAUGAGCCAAAGACGGACUUAAAUGAGGUCAAAGGUCUCUUAGAAGUUGCGUUGUUGGAGAAACACUUCCUGCAGGAGGAGCUGAAGAAAUUUCGAGAGGAGUCCCAUGUGGAGUCUUGGAAACAGGAGCUGGAGAAGGAGCGCUGCAGACGGAUGGAGCUGGAGCAGAAGAUGAACGAAGUUGUGAAAUCAGGGCUUGAAGACUCCCCAUCUCGGACACCUAAAGCUCCGCCCCCUCCUCCAUCUGCAGCCACUAGUACAGACAAACGAAAAGAAACCUUGUCUAACAGUUUACUGAAUCAGCUCUACGACCGUUUGGGAAUUUAUAUAGAAGAUUUUCGCUUCCAACCCGAGGAAACGACGGUGGAGACCGAGGAGCCACUGAGUGCCAGGAGACUGACUGAAAACAUGAGACGGCUCAAAAGAGGCUUUAAACCUGUGACCAACUUCAAGAGAAACCUCUCUGCCUUAUCCAGCUGGUACUCUGUGUACACAUCUGCCAUCGCCUUCACAGUGUACAUGUACACCGCAUGGCACGGCUGGGUCAUCCCCAUGUUCCUGUUCCUCGCCAUCCUCCGCCUCUCAUUGAACUAUCUCAUUUCCAGAGGCUGGAGGAUCCAGUGGAGCAUCGUACCCGAAGUGUCUGAGCCAGUGGAGCCUCCAAAAGAAGACCUGACGGUGUCUGAGAAGUUCCAGCUGGUUCUGGACGUUGCUCAGAAGGCUCAGAACCUGUUUGGAAAGAUGGCCAACAUCCUGGAGAAAAUCAAAAAUCUGUUGAUGUGGGUCCAGCCGGAGCUCACUCAGAAGUUGUACGUUGGGCUGUGGGUGACCUUCAUCGCCUCGUGCCUGCUGCCGUAUCAUCUGCUGGGCUUCAUGAUGGGUGUGUACGCCGGGGUCAAGUUCUUCAUCAUCGACUUCAUCUUGAAGAGUUGUCCCAAGCUGAGGCAGCGCUACGACACGCCGUACAUCAUCUGGACCCACCUCCCUACAGACCUGCAGCUGAAGGAGCGCAGCACCCCCACCCCGAGCCGACGGGUUCAGACUGCCGGGGUUAGAAGCAACGUCUCAGCAGCUUCUCUGGGCGCCGGCCGAGAUGAGGACGGAGGACGGUACUACAACACAAGGAGAGGACCUUUUCACGAGGUCUUCAGCCUACCGGAGAGUGAGCACCCUCUGCCAGUGUGUGAGAACGGCUGGCGCUGCUGCCUGAUCAACAGGGACAGGAAGACGCCCACGGACUACAUCCGCAACGGAGUUCUUUACGUCACGGAAAACUACCUGUGUUUCGAGAGCUCCAGCUCCAGGUCUGGAUCAACAAAGAGAAACAAAGUCCUCAAGCUGCGGGACAUCACUGAGAUCCAGAAGUACAAAGUUUUGUCUGUGCUGCCUGGCUCAGGGAUGGGCAUCUCUGUGGCAACACCGUCCACCCAGAAGCCGAUGAUUUUUGGUGCGAUGAUCCACAGAGACGAGGCGUUCGACGCCAUCUUCUCCCAGUACGUGAAGGUUGUUGACGAGGCUAAAGCCCCGCGCCCCGACUCCUGAUUAAAAAUCAGCCGAGCUGCUGGAGAGUGGAGGUCCAUGGCCACGGCUGUCGUGGUGUCCAGCUUUAACCAGAUGUUCUUCAGUUUCUUCACUGGAGCUGCUGCUCUGAGCUUUGUCC